UAUCUGUUAUGAUUACGAAAUUUUCAUUAUCAAUUAAGUGAGCUAUCUUACACUAUUUAGUAAUCUUUAUUUUAAUGGCGGUCUAAACAAUACGGUUAAGGCGGCACGGUAUAAAUAAUACACGAAUGUUUGCAGUUAUUACUUAAUACAAGUUUACAAUCUAAAUAACACGAAUAUUAUAUACGAUAUCGUGUACUUUAGAAACUUUCGCCUGCAAAUUGAUCUGACUAGUUGGCAUAAAGAGGUUCCAUAAGAAUAUCUGCUGGCCUGAGUUUUUUGUAAUUGUUGCGACCUAUAUGUAAGCUGGAUAUCGGCAAUCGAAAUGGGAGACAGUUCCGAUGCCUCACGCUCUUCGGAUUGUGUACGAAAACGUUUGGAAGAACUCAAGCGGAAGCACGAUUCCUGUAUGUACACUGCCAUUGACAAAGAACUACAAAUCUCUCGUGCGGAUGACUUAGCCCAAAAAUACCGUUCCGUAUCGAAUCUGUGUACGGCUCCAGCUUCCGGUGAUCGACCAACACUAUUUUGCACACCGAAUAAUACCCAACCCCUUCCGGUUUUUGAUUCAGUAGAAGCUAUCAGAUCCGAGUUCAAGCAACUUGAAAAAGGAUUAAAUGAACUCGCAGAAGAAUUACUUCCUGCCAAACGCAAAAAUGACAUGCAAAAGGAACCACUGACCAAAACCUGACGAAAAAACCACUUUAGAAACGGCAAUCACAUAUGCGACCGAUUUGAUUCAGCCGACAGCCAGUUCAGCUCUCCAUGUGACUUAUGAACAAACCGGAAUAAUUUCUUUGAUAUCCGAUUGCCAAUGUUCCGGUUUAACCAUAGUAUGUUUUUGCAACUAAAGCGCUUCAUUUCCCGUAGCAGGAUCUGCAGAUCUUAAUUCAUCCUUGCUCUUUCGUUUCUUGUACAAGCGUUUGACUUCUGAUAACCGAGUAGUUUUCACGUUGGCAAAAUGGAUCAAAUACCUAUAAAAAUUCCUA